AUGAGAUUCAGUCGCCUUGUUCUAGCGUUUGGACUCUUGUGUCCGGCCCUCGCGGCGACCGUCACCUACAAUUUCACCAUUGAGUGGGUGACAGCCAAUCCAGAUGGAGCGUUCAACAGGCCGACGAUAGGCAUCAACGGCCAGUGGCCCAUUCCUCGCAUCGAUGCCAACAUCGACCAACCUGGCACAUACUGGUAUCACUCACAUACCCAGAGCCAGUACCCAGAUGGUCUGAGAGGCCCUCUGGUCAUUCACGACCCAGACUCACCCUUCAAAGACGAGUACAGCGAGGAGAUCGUGUUGACUCUCUCGGAUUGGUACCAUGAGCAGAUGCAAGUUCUCAUUCCUCAAUUCUUGACAAAGUCAAAUCCAACGGGCGCCGAACCGGUCCCACAAGCAGCUUUGAUGAACGAAACACAGAACCUGGCCCUGUCCGUCGAGCCCGGCAAGACGUACUUGAUCAGGGUCAUCAACAUGGCGGCUUUUGCCGCCCAGUAUUUCUGGUUCGAAGGACACAACAUCUCCAUUGUCGAGGUUGAUGGUAUCUACACCAAGCCCGCAGAAGCCAGCAUGAUUUACUUGGCUGCGGCGCAAAGAUGCAGCUUCUUGUUGACGACUCGAAACGACACAAGCCAGAACUUUCCAAUUGUGGGAAGUAUGGACACCGACCUUUUCGACCAACUGCCUGAUGACCUCAACUGGAAUGUAACCGGCUGGCUGGUGUACGACGACGCGAAAGAUAAGCCGGCACCUGCGAUCGUUGACACUUUCGAGCCGUUCGAUGACAUGACACUGGUUCCUCAAGAUGAGCUGGAAAGGUACGGGGAGCCUGGCCAUACCGUCGAGCUCGAUGUGGUCAUGGGCAACCUGGGCGAUGGCGCCAAUUAUGCCUUCUUCAACAACAUAACAUACGCGCAUCCCAAGGUCCCGACUCUGUACACUGCGCUCACAUCCGGAGAUUUUGCGACGAACCCCCAGGUGUACGGUGAAUACACUCACAGCUUCGUCCUGGAGAAGGAUGAAAUUGUUCAGAUUGUCCUGAACAACCUUGACCCCGGACGACACCCCUUCCACCUUCACGGCCACGCCUUCCAGGCGCUUCACCGAUCUGUCGAAGAAGCUGGCACAUUUGAGGAUGCUCAUCUGACUGAGGAUGAUUUCCCCAAGGUUCCCAUGCGACGCGAUACCCUGGUCGUGUGGCCAAACGGGAACAUCGUCUUGAGGUUCAAGGCAGACAACCCUGGCAUCUGGUUAUUCCAUUGCCACAUUGAGUGGCAUGUCACGUCAGGUCUCAUGGCGACCUUUGUUGAAGCCCCUCUAGAGCUCCAAAAGACAAUCGCCAUCCCGCAAGACCAUUUCGAUGUCUGCACAGCAGGUGAUGUGCCUGUCGCGGGGAAUGCCGCAGCAAAUACGCAGAACUUGUUGGACCUUAAGGGCCAAAAUACCCCACCACGACCUCUACCAGGAGGCUUUACUACUCGGGGCAUAGUCGCUUUCGUCUUCAGCUGCAUCGCUGGCGUCCUGGGCGUUUGCGUUGUUGCAUGGUAUGGCUUGGCUGGUCCCACGGGCGGAGAGCCCGGCUUCCAAGAAGACAAUGACUUGGUGACUAGCGAAGAUUCGAGAGCCCUGCCCGAUGCGCUGGCGAGAGCGAAUGGUACCGAGACUGAAACUCAUGGCAUCAAAUCAGCUUGAUAGGCCACUAAGUGUGCAUAUGUUACGGCAUUGGCGAAGAGAAUAUGUCUGUAGGAGUAUCUGAGAGACAUCGAGACGGAGAAAGAGGCGAAAUGUACGGAGUCAACUCUGCAUGGGCUCCCAAGUCACGGAAGGGCUUGCUUGGGAAUGUGGUGUAUCCGCGAAAUAUUUCUGAGCCUGAAGUGAAAUGAACACCCCGCUUUCAAAUC